CCUUAUCUCGCCCGCCCAGCCAGGCCGGCCCCUCCCCUCCCCUGCCCGCUGCAGCAGCGAAAGUCACGGGGGCUGGGGCCGCCCCACACCGCCCUGCAGCGCACCGCACGAUGCCCCUCGCCGUGGCGCCCGGCCUCCUGCUGCUGCUGCUGGCGAGCGGGGCCCGGGGUGCCCUGGUGGCCUCCGUCCCCACUUCCCCGGUGCGGGCCCAGCCGGGCUCCGACCUGCUCCUGGGCUGUCACUUCUCCGUGGGGGGCACCGUGGACAUGGAGCUGCUGGUGGUGCAGUGGAAGGUGGGGGACCGCCUGGUGGCAGAGUUCGAUAGCACCCCGUCGUACCCCAGGGCCGGGGCCAGCCUGUCCCUGGAGGGGCUGCGGGUCGGCAACGCCUCCCUGCUCCUCCCGCGGGUGGGGGGCGCCGACGCCGGGCUCUACACCUGCAUGGUCAUCCACUCCCCGAGCCGGGAGAGCCGGCAGGUGGAGCUGCGUGUGGAAGCCCCGCCCCGUGUCUCGGUGAGCGGCACCGUGGUGAGGGCCGGCAAGCACAGCCCGGUGACCUGCAGCGUGAGCGGCUUCUACCCCGGGAGCGUGAACGUCACGUGGCUGCGGGACAAGCAGGUCCUGGGGGGCUCCGAGACGCCUCCCGCCCAGCUGGGCCCCGACGGCCUGUACAGCACGACCAGCACCCUCCAGCUCGUGCCCAGCAUCUCCGACGACGACGCCAACCACUCCUGCCACGUGCAGCACGUCGCCCUGGGGGAGCCGAUCCAGGAGCCCUUCCGGCUGAGCGUGUUGUCCCGGCCCUCCCUGACCCUGCAGACGGUGGUGACACCGGCGGGGCUGGGCGCCCUGCAGGUCCAGGUGAGUGGCUACUACCCCCCCAACAUCACGGUGGAAUGGCUGCGGGACAGGGGGAUCCUGCACAGCAUGGAAUCACUCCCCACACGGGAACCGGACGGGUCCUUCACCCUCCGCAGUAGCUACAUCCUCGACCGCCCAGAGCCCGACACCCGGGUCGCCUUCACCUGCCGCGUGCAGCACCCGGCGCUGCCCACCCCGCUGGCGCAGAGCGUCACCUGGAAAGAGACAGACGUUAUAAGUCAAGACAGAACCCCAAACAAAGGACCCGAACCAAGCCCAACUCGGGUCUGGAUGUGGUUAUGGCUGGCCAUGGUGCCCCUACUGGUCGUGGUCUUGCUGUGCAUCGGGUACUGGAGCUAUCGCAUCAGCAUGUCCUCGAUCCGUGUCUGGGAGUGUUGGCCGGAGGGCAGCGUGACAGCGCUGCUCUGCGAGGCGGAGGGGAGGCUCCGCGACACAGACAGCCUGACCUGGAGGAGCAAGCGCCAGGGGAAGGAGCUGGGGCCUGGGCAGCCCGGGGAGCUGAACACGCUGAUGCCGAAGACGGAGCAGCACCACGUGGUGACGUGGCGGCGCAACCUCGGGCUGGGCAGGUGGCGGCUCACGUCCGUCCUCACCAUCCAGACCCCGUGCGAAGACGACACUUUCAGCUGCACGUUCCAAGGCGUGAGGGGCAUGAAGCAGACACACAUCACAAUCCCCGGCGUGCCGGCGGGUGGCCCGCUUCUGGAUGGAGACAUGGCCAUUUUUUGACUGUCCUGCACUCACGCUACGGCCGGUGCUGGGGAGAGAGAGAGCCAGCUGCAAACUGCUUGGAGAGGAGAGAACAAACUGACCCCUUGUGAUGCUGUGUGAUUGAUAUGUGACUGUGUACAGCAUUGGUGUGGCCACUGUGUUACAACUGCAAGAGAACUUGUACCAAGUACGUCAUGUCCGGUGUCACUGGAAAAGUUGCGAAUAGCUAAGUAUGGCUAUCCUGCUUAUAUGUGUACCACCCCCCCGCCCCCGUCCACUGGCCCAGUGUGAGGUUGUUCCAGAUAGGGGAAGCCUCUUUGUGACCUUUUACACAACUUUAGGGGACUGGGCCUGAGGCUCCUUUGUGUGCUCUGCGUUGUGUGUCAGUGUGUUCACCUCAGCCCAGACCCACGCAGACAAACCACCAGAGAGCGCGACCGCACUGUCCCUUUAAGGCGCUUUAAGCUGCUAAGUGUCGACUCAGGCUACGGCUACACGAGAGAGUUCAAAGCGCUGCCACCUGAGUGCUCCCGCAGCAGCACUGUGAUGUGCGAGUGGGGUUGUGCACGAGACAACUCUCCCAGCGCGCCUGGUAAUCCACCUCCACGAGGGGAGUCGCUCCGAGCGCCAGGAGCCUGUCUACACUAGCGCUUUAAAGCGCUCAGACUUGCUGCGCUCAGGGGGGUGAUUUUUCACCCCCCUGAGCAGCGGCGGCUCCAGGCACCAGCGCCUCAAGCGCAUGCCUGGGGCGGCAAGCCGUGGGGGGCGGCCUGCCGGUCCCUGCGAGGGCGGCAGUCAGGCAGCCUUCGGCAGCAUGCCUGCGGGAGGUCCGUGGUCCCGCGGCUUUGGCGACAAUUCGGCGGCGGGUACGUCGAAGCCGCUGGACCGGCAGACCUCCCGCAGGUGUGCCGCUGAAAGCCGCCGGACAGCCGUGUUUGGGGCGGCAGAAAAGCUAGAGUCACCCCUGCUACUGAGCCAGCGAGUUAGAGCGCUAUAAAAUCUACGUGUAGACAAGCCCUUAGCCCUUGUGUUUGUUCCUGGGGUAACACCGCCCAGGCGUGGACUAUCCGAGUUCGAUGGCCCAUUAAAGGAGACUCCCCUAACCAUAGAGGGAGCUGGUCCCGCCAGGUGAGCCUUCCUGUGGACGCCUCAGCCAGAAUCCGGGUAAUGGCUGCCGCUGUGAGUCAGCAAGGCGUGUAAGGUCAUGUGACGUGCUCAUGUGACCCUGGGCUCCAUCUUGGGCCAGUAAUUUUCCACACACUGUGCCUGUGGGCUUUGUUUGGGACAGUAACAUUCCCAGCACGUGGCAGAGGCUAUCAAAGACCCCUGAGACAUCUCCAAUUUGUCUUCAUUUCCUGCUCCGAUUCUCUGGACUGGAUUUACAGCUACAAGGGUCAUUUGAACUAUGGACUGAGGACCAUCCAAUCUUUUGGAAAUUGGCUACGAGACUUUACAAGCCAGCCGUCUAUUCCAUCACUGCUACAGCCCUGAUCCAAGAACAUUGCCAUUAUUGUAUGCAUAUGAGCUAGUAACCAUGUUUAAGGCUUGUCUUCUUUUCUCUAUUAAUAAACCUUUAGAUAUUAGUUACUAAAGAGUUCGAUUCUGCCCAGAGGGAGGCAGCUGCAGGAAGCCGGAUGGACGGCUGGAUGAGCUGGGGAACAAAGGACUGAGGAGGGGCCAGGCAGGGUUGUUAAGUGUGGGCUGCUGGAAGAUGGAGACUCAUCAGAGGGCGCUGGGCUGAGCAAGCAGGACCCUGCUGUAACAUUGUGUUCUCUGUUUGCCAACCAAGCCGUUCUGGGCCGUGUCCCAGACAGCUAAUAAACCCGACUGCUCUCACCCCAGAAGUUUCAGUUCCUAACAGCCAGAAAUUUUCUGUGGUGAAUGGAGCCACUGACUUUCCUUGUGAAAGAUCCAGUGUGGGUAGCUUAGAGAAGGUCUCAGAUGGAGUAAAAGCUGUUAAGGAAUUUAAACAGCCCUAUGACCAAGUGGUUGUGCUUGGCCAGCUUGUUGGGGAGACAAGGUUGUUGGGACAGGAAGGUCUCCAGGCUGAUUCUGGGAGUGACCAGUCUGUGACUCCGGUUCAGAGGGAAGACGGGGUAGCGGAGUCUGCAGAGCAGGACAGCUGAGCAGUGAAUCUCUUGAGUUUACCUGCCAUCCCCUGCAUUCUCAUCUCUAGAUACUUGGGAGAUGACUUGUAGUCUCUCAGUGAACUUAACAUCUGAAACCCUAAGCCACAAGGAUUGAGAUCCCCAGUCACUGACUGGAGUCACCCUGAAUAUGGACAUUGGACUAUAACCUGGACCUGGGAAAGUGGCAGAACAACCUUUUGCCUUCACGUCAGUUGGGUACAUAGUGCUGACAACUUCCGCUGGCAGCAUGGACCAUGGGGAAGCAAGGCGAAAACACUGGAGGCAAAAUCCUGGGAUUCUUGUUCUAAAACUUGUAAAACAGACAUACUAAUAAAUUGUUCAAAUGGAGAAAAACAACAACCUAUGGACUAUUUCUAAAAGGACUUUUGGCAACUACAAACUCACCAUCUCUGCUGGGUAUCUGAACCUCAAGAAAUUGAACUCACGUCUGUCUGUAUAUUGAUCUUUUAACCAACACACUCUUUUCUUUUUUAAUAAAUUUUAGUUUAGUUAACAA